AUGAGUUAUCAGUACGGUUCAGGUGGAAGUUAUGGUUACAAUGGCUAUUCCGGCCAAGGAAAUGGCAAUAGUGGUAACUACAAUAAUAACAAUAGCAGUUACAAUAAUAACAAUAGCAACAGGCAAAGUCGACACCCAUAUGUGAGCGAUUCUAUACCCGAAGAAGAGGCCCAAAGCUAUGAGAUGCAUGAUGUAGCACAAGGUGUGGCCAACGAUGGUUAUGGGAAUGUCGGUACUAUGCAUUCUAACCCCAUGUACCGUAAUUUUGUCAAUACGAACUCUAGAGGUCGUCCGGCUCCUCCUCCACAAGAGUACACAGAUGUUUUUGUCAACACUGAUUUGAAUUAUAGAAACAACAGUUUCACUGAUCACAAUCAGGAACAUAGUCUUGUGACACCUACCACAAAUGGUCCAUCCAUUAAUAUUAUACAAAACACUCCCGAACUUAUACACGGUACAACCAGCAGCUCCAUACUGGCUAGUCAGACAGGCAAUUCCACCACACACUAUUUCAAUGAAGAGGAUUAUUACUAUAAUAAUAACAUAAUUAGAACUGAAGAUGAUAUAAAUAACGGAGAUAGGGUAAACAGUAGCUACCUAAAUACACAGUCGGGUGUAACUCCUGUUAUAUCGGAUACACCAAGUAUAAUAUCGAACUCAGAGGAUACAAGACCAAUUCUAAAUAAUCCUGUGGGAAACGAGCCAUCAUUUAACAACCAUUAUGGCUAUAACAAUAACUACAAUAAUUACGAACAAAACGCAACACAUCCUUAUUAUGGCGGUGAAGUACCGAAUGGUGAUAUUGAAAACAGUUAUGUGGAUCCAAAUGGUGAUGAUUAUCAAAUCAAUUCAUACUUGGGUAAGAAUGGUGAAAUGAUUGAUCCUUAUGAAGUGGAUGAAGAUCAGUAUGGAUACGGGCAUAGAUCUGGAAGAGAGCUUCUCUCAGUGGAUUAUAUGAAGAAUAAAAAAUAUGACGCCGUUACUUCCAAUAGAGAACUACCCGAAGCCGAGGGUGAAUAUAGUUAUGGUGAUGGUGAAGAUGGUGAUUUAAGCAGUGGGAGUGUUAUUAGUGGAUAUGCACAUGAGGACUUGGCAGAUCUCGACACAAAUACUAUCGAUAAAAUUAAAUCCCUUAACACUUCUUUCACUUCAUCGAUGGGUUCUCGUGAUAUGUUGAUCAAUCAGGAGGAGAGCUUUAAGAAACGCUCUUUAAAACGUGCUGGUACUCAAGUUAGAAAGUUCAAACUUUGGAAAGGUAAUUUUGUUUUUGAUUCUCCUAUUAGUAGAUCGUUACUAAAUCAGUAUCAAAGCGGGAUAGAUAAAAACAAUGAUUUGUCUAAUGAAUUCAAAUUUAUGAGAUAUCAAGCUGUUACAUGUGAGCCUAAUGUAUUAGCACAACAGAACUUCACUGUAAGACAACUGAGAUACUUAAAUCCGAGGUCUACAGAAUUAUUGAUCGUCAUUACAAUGUACAAUGAGGAUCACAUUUUAUUAGGUAGAACGCUCAAAGGUGUAAUGGAUAAUAUUAAGCAUAUGGUGAAGAAGACCAGAUCUAGUACAUGGGGUCCAGAUGCCUGGAAAAAAAUUGUCGUUUGUAUUGUAUCAGAUGGUAGAGCUAAAAUAAAUGAAAAGUCGUUAGCAUUGUUAAGUUCUUUGGGUUGUUAUCAAGAUGGGUUUGCUAAGGAUGAAAUCAAUGGUAAAAAAGUUGUUACUCACGUUUACGAACACACAACUAUGAUGAAUGUCGUAGAUGUUACAGAUGAUAACGUCGAGUUAAGAUGUGACCAAAGUACAGUACCUAUUCAAAUGCUUUUUUGUUUAAAAGAACAAAAUCAGAAAAAAAUUAACUCUCACAGAUGGGCUUUUGAAGGUUUUGCCGAACUUUUGAGACCAAAUAUUGUAACUUUAUUAGAUGCGGGUACAAUGCCUGGGAAAGAUUCUAUUUAUGAAUUAUGGAGAGAGUUUAGGAAUCCUCAAGUUGGUGGGGCAUGUGGUGAAAUCAGAACAGAUUUGGGCAAAAACUACUCAAAUUUAAUCAACCCAUUGAUUGCAUCCCAAAACUUCGAGUACAAAAUGUCUAAUAUUCUAGACAAAACGACAGAAUCUAAUUUUGGUUUCAUUACUGUUUUGCCCGGUGCUUUUUCAGCUUACAGGCUCGAAGCUGUCCAAGGACUGCCGUUGCAGAAGUAUUUCUAUGGUGAGAGUAUGGAGCAUGAGGAGAAAUUUCAUUUCUUUUCAUCGAAUAUGUAUCUGGCAGAGGAUCGUAUUUUAUGUUUUGAAGUUGUUAUGAAGAAAAAUGCGAAUUGGAUUUUGAAAUAUAGUAGAAGCUCUCACGCAACUACUGACGUUCCUGAUAGAGUUCCGGAAUUUAUUCUCCAGAGAAGGCGUUGGCUAAACGGUUCAUUUUUUGCUAGUGUUUACUCUUUCUGUCAUUUCUACAGAAUUUGGACCAGUGGACACAAUAUUUUUAGAAAAUGUUUCCUAAUGAUUGAAUUCCUUUACUUGUUUUUUAAUACCCUCCUAUCAUGGUUCUCAUUAAGUUCUUAUUUUUUGGUCUUCAGAAUUCUGACGUUAUCAAUCGCAACCACAUAUAAAUCAGUUUUUGGUGUUUUAUCAGUUGUCUUUCUAUGGUUAUAUGGUGUUUGUUUAUUAUCAACAUUUAUCCUAUCACUUGGUAACAAACCAAAAAGUACAGAGUUGUAUUAUGUGGUUACUUUUAUCUUUUUUGCAGUUUUGAUGAUAUAUAUGAUGUUCUGCAGUGUUUUCAUGAGUGUGAAAUCAUUUGAGAACCUGCUAAAGGAGGAUCACAUCACUUUCCAUGGAUUGUUUACCCAGGAAACAUUCAGAGAUAUGGUCAUAUCUUUGGGAUCUACUGUUUGUCUCUACAUUGCAAGUUCUGUCAUUUACCUACAGCCAUGGCAUAUGUUGACCAGUUUCGUACAAUACCUACUGUUGAGUCCCUCUUAUGUUAAUGUUUUGAACAUUUAUGCAUUCUGUAAUGUUCACGAUCUUUCAUGGGGUACUAAAGGAUCUGCAUCUAAGCCAUUGGGCAAGAUUACAAGUAAAGAAGAUGGUACAUUCAAAAUGGAGAUUCUGGUCUCUAGUGCAGAAAUUGAGGCUAACUACGAGAAAUAUAAAAAAAUGCUAUAUGAACAACCCAAUGAAGAGGACUCCAAGCCAGAGCUAUCACCUGAGGAGAAGAAAACUGGUUACUAUGCCAAUGUUCGUUCUUUGGUCAUCAUCUUCUGGGUCAUGACCAAUUUUGCCAUCUGUGCCGUAGUAUUGGAAACCGGUGGUAUUGGUGAUUAUUUAACAUUAAAGACUAUGAAUAAGCAGCACACGGAACAGAUACAACCCAGACCACUACUAUCCAACAAAGCAUCUAUAUAUUUUGCCAUUAUCCUGUGGUUAGUUGCAUUGUCUGCUGUGAUCCGUUUUUUCGGUUGUACCAUCUACAUGAUAUCCCGGUUCUUCAAAAGACUAAGACACUGGUGA